CUACAUCUACAUUUUCAGCUCCAUAGUUGAUAAACAUACUUAUAAACCGUUAUAACGAUAUAUUUAAGUCGACAUAACAAUGACAACGUUAUCACGAGAAACAAAGCCGUUGUUACGACACAGCUAAGUAGGUAUCAUACAAUUCAUGUACCUAGAUACAUUCACACGAUAUUCUGGAAUACCCUAACACGCCUCCAUAAGAAGCUGUUACACUUGAACAGGAUGUCACAUACACGACAUUUUAAAUAGUUUCACGAAAAAGUAAGUUCUCGAAAUACGAGAUAUGAGUCAUGAGAUUCACAAAUACGGAGCAAUGAUAGAAUUCAUCGUAACCCGGAUGUUCGUCGACCGUGUGUAAACGAGACAGACCUCUAUUACCUUCGUGCAUGCGGAUGAGCUUGCUACAAAAACUUAUUUUAACAGCUAACCAAAAAAUACAUCAUGUCUUCAUGGAAUCCACAACGAUAUGUGAGCGUCAAUGUGAAACACGAGGCUGUAUCGAGAUGUCCCGCCAAACUGCUUGUUGUAUGUUUAGUGAUGCUAUAUACAAGUAGGACUGAAGCCGAAUCAGGGCACCUCUGGAACCAGACCGAAGUGAUACAAAACGGAACAUCAUCAGGGCACCUCUGGAACCAGACCGAAGUGAUACAAAACGGAACAUCAUCAGAGACGGAAGCGGUACGAAAUAUGACCCUAUCAGAGUACCUCUGGAACAAAACCGAGGCCAUACGAAACAAGACAUUAUCUACAUAUUUUGUGCAGGGAAUCGCCAACGGAAGUCUUAAUCCGACAGCAUUCGGGGGCUUUAUGAUACAGGACGCUGUCUAUUGUUACAAAAUUAAAAACUCCAUCGAUAUCUCUGCUGAUCGAGCACCUGACGGAGAACUCAAGGAAUAUUUGCGAAAUGAAUCUGCGGCUUUCGACAGUAUUUACAAAUAUCUGUCUGAGAAAUGGCGCAUUAAGAACCCCGCAGGUAUCAACUUGACCGAGUCAUGUCAGUCCUACGCCGAUUACGAACGCCAGAUCGCCUCUACGGAAGACACCAUUUACAUGUUAGUGGCCAUGACUCCGUGUUACAAGUUGUGGCCUUGGCUCGGAAAGCAGCUGCAAUCGGUUAAUCAUGGAGUAUACAACGAGUGGUUCAACGAUAACUUUAACCCUUAUUUUGACGGGUACAAGAUGCUGGAUGCAUUCGUUGAUGAAGCUGAGACAAAUAUGAGUAUAAACCGGAGUAAAGCUUUAGAAGUGUUUACAAGAUGCAUGCAGGGAGAAUACGAGUUUUUCAACUCCGUACAACACACGGAUUUGACAAACGCCUCACCGCCCGUGAAUGGAAACGUUACAUCCGGAUCUGUUGCCUCUACUUUAGAGCAUGGUCGCCUAUCGUUUUCCUUCACAAUUCUUGUUUUGUCUGUAAUUACUCAGAUAUCAAGUUUGUAUUGUACAGAUAAGAUUCCAAUGCUACCCAUAUAAAUGUCCGGAUAUAGAGACUUGUCACUAGAGUGUCCUUAACAGAACAAAGGGAUGUAAAUACAUUCCAAACUUAUAAUUCUUUGGAUCUAAAUCUUACUGUUUACAUACUUUAAUCCUUACCGGUACAGCGGUGUAUACAUAUCGUAUCCACAAUAAAGGUGGGAUCUUUUCUAUAUAUAUUCUAUGUAUAUAUAUAUAUUUAAUAGAGUGACCUCUUUUUCUGAAGGUAAACAGUUUUAAAACUUAAAUUUCCUUUAAGUCGUUCACAUUAUAAGCCCCGUAAUCACCAAAAACACCAGGAAAGAAGACAAAACUGCAAAGGUUAUAUGAGAAAGGUUACACGGGAAAGGUUAUACGAGAAAGGUUAUAUUGUAGGUUACCCUAGAAACAUUCAUCUCUCAGCACUCUAAUGUUAUAAUCAUUUAAAAUAUUUUUAAUAUAAUGCAAUUAUUACACCUAGAGAACUAUACUAAUCUGGACGUACUGAGGUAUAUUUCAAUAAAAAUUGUCAGGAAAAUCAAACAAGA